GGAGGGACGAUGAGCGGCUCGGCGCCGGUGGGCCCGGCCCGGCUCGCCGCGUUCGCUCUGCUGACCUGCAGCCUGUGGCCGGCGCGGGCGGACAACGCGAGCCAGGAGUACUACACUGCGCUUAUCAACGUGACGGUGCAGGAGCCCGGCCGCGGCGCCCCGCUUACAUUCCGCAUCGACCGCGGGCGCUACGGACUCGACUCGCCCAAGGCCGAGGUCCGCGGCCAGGUUCUGGCGCCGCUGCCUAUCCAUGGAGUUGCUAAUCAUCUGGGCUGUGAUCCUCAAACACGGUUCUUUGUCCCUCCUAACAUCAAACAGUGGAUUGCCUUGCUGCAGAGGGGAAAUUGCACCUUUAAAGAGAAGAUAUCACGGGCUGCUUUCCACAAGGCAGUUGCUGUCGUCAUCUACAAUAAUAAAUCCAAAGAGGAGCCAGUCACUAUGACUCAUCCAGGCACUGGAGAUAUUAUUGCGGUCAUGAUUACAGAAUUGAGAGGUAAAGAUAUUUUGAGUUAUCUGGAGAAAAACAUCUCUGUACAAAUGACAAUAGCUGUUGGAACUCGAAUGCCGCCAAAGAACUUCAGCCGUGGUUCUCUAGUCUUCGUGUCAAUAACCUUUAUUGCUUUGAUGAUUAUUUCUUCAGCCUGGCUUAUAUUCUGCUUCAUUCAGAAGAUCAGGUACAUAAAUGACAGGAACCAGCGUCGUCUUGGAGAUGCAGCCAAGAAAGCCAUCAGCAAAUUGACAACCAGAACAGUGAAAAGGGGUGAUAAGGAAACAGACCCAGACUUCGAUCAUUGUGCUGUCUGCAUAGAAAGCUAUAAACAGAAUGAUGUUGUCCGGAUUCUGCCCUGCAAGUGCUUGCAGGGCACCAAGAGGCUGCAGAGCUGUGAAAACAACUCGCCUUCAAUGUAGACGCCUCACCCCACCCCCAGCCAUUGUUCUGAUCACUCUAGCUUACAGUGUGUUGGGAAGUAGGAGAGUGGGAAGGCAUUGUGUUUCAGUGUUACUGGUUUUGUUCCCUUUUAUAUUCUAUACUUCCACAUAUCCGCAAGUAAUUCUGUAUCCCAAAGUAUUUCUAAUAGGAAUAAAGGACUUUUCUGAAGUUCUGGAAAAAUAAAAUAAAAUCUUUGGU